CCGCGAAGGAGGAGGGACGGGACCAGGAGCCGGUUUCCUGACAGCGGGGUCGGACUGACUCCUGACAUAAGUCCUCUCCACUUCAAUAAUGCUCUCACUACAUCCAGAAAGCCCAUUUAGCGGGGUUUAGUCAUUGGGAGGCGAUUUCUCUGUAAGUCAAUCACGACGGCCGUGAUUCGGACGGCCGUGAAUGCAUCCUGCAGGGUUGUGUUUCACAUGAGACAUGGCGACAAACAGCAGACUCCUGCUGAGGAGGAUCCUCGGUGGGGCCAGAGCCCACGCUGCCUGGUACCAGUGGUACCAGAGGUCCCCGGUGGUCUCCAGUGAAGGACGACAGCUGUGGAGAGUUCAUGCGGGACACCUGAGCUGUUCAGGCAGACUCCACGAGCAUGUAUCUGCAUCUGCAUCUGUAUCUACAUCUGCACCUGCACCUGCACCUGCAUCUGAAUCUGUAUCUACAUCUACAUCUGCACCUGCAUCUGCCUCCACAGGUCCCAGCAGCCGGUCACUCAGGAGUCACACCUGCGGGGAGCUGAGAGCAUCACACGUGGGAGAGAAGGUCACUCUGUGUGGCUGGGUUCAGUACCUCAGACAGGAUCUGUUUGUCAUCCUGCGAGAUUUCAGCGGCUUGGCUCAAGUCCUGAUUCCUCAAGAAGAAUCUGCGAGCAAUUUAAAAGCAGUUCUGUGCGACCUCACCGUGGAGUCGGUCAUCAAGGUUACAGGAACAGUCCAGAAACGACCGGCAGGGCAGGAGAACAAGGGGAUGCCGACAGGAGAGGUGGAGGUGCUGGCUGAGAGGGUGGAGGUGUUCAACGUGUGCCGGAAGCUGCCUUUCGAGAUGAAGGAUUUUGUGAAAAAGUCGGAGUCUCUACGGAUGCAGUAUCGCUACCUGGAUCUCAGGUCGUCACAGAUGCAGAAGAACCUCCGGCUGAGGUCUCAGCUGGUGAUGAAGAUGAGGGAAUACCUCUGUAACGUCCACGGUUUUGUGGACGUGGAAACGCCCACUUUGUUCAAAAGGACACCAGGGGGGGCCAAAGAGUUUGUGGUUCCCUCCAGGGAGCCGGGCCUGUUCUACUCUCUGCCCCAGAGUCCGCAGCAGUUCAAACAGCUGCUCAUGGUGGCCGGUGUGGACAGGUACUUCCAGAUGGCCCGGUGCUACAGAGAUGAAGGAUCUAAACCUGACAGGCAGCCUGAGUUCACACAGGUGGACAUAGAGAUGUCUUUCGUGGACCAGGCAGGGAUCCUGUCCCUGGUGGAGGGCUUGCUGCAGCACUCCUGGCCCGAGGAGAACGCUCCCAUCCAAGCUCCUUUCCACACUAUGACGUACGAAGAAGCCAUGAGGGACUACGGUGUGGACAAACCUGACACCAGGUUCAGUAUGAAGCUCACAGACAUCAGCGACCUUUUCUCUUCCACACAAAUUGAAUUCCUCAGAUCGGCUCUCAGCCAACCAGGCGGCUCGAUUCAGGCCGUCCGUGUCCCCAGUGGAGCGAAACUUUUCACAGGAAAAGACCUAGAUGAACUGAAAAAAACGGCCAAAGCUCAGUUUGGACAGGAGGUGAGUCUGGUGCUGGUCCGGCCAGACGGGACAGUAAAGUCUCCCCUGAAGAAGCUGCUGUCUGCCUCCGUCACAGACGACCUGCUGAGGACGACUGGAGCCCAAGCAGGAGACCUGCUGCUGCUGGCAGCCGGCUCCCGCCACACCGUGCGCCCGUUGCUGGGGAACCUUCGCCUGCAGUGCGCUCAGCUCCUGGAGUCUCACGGCGUUCCCGUCCGGGACCCUUCAGCGUUCCACUUCCUGUGGAUUGUGGAUUUCCCUCUUUUCUUACCCAAAGAAGGCGAGCCAGCGGAGCUGGAGUCGGCCCAUCACCCAUUCACCGCUGCGCUGCCCGAGGACACUCACUUGCUCUACACGGAGCCACAUAAGGUACGUGGUCAGCAUUAUGACCUGGUGUUGAACGGCUGUGAGAUUGGAGGAGGCUCCAUCCGUAUCCACAAGGCCACGGAGCAGCUUCACGUGCUGAAGAACAUCCUCAAGGAGGAUCCGAGUGUCCUCUCACACCUGCUGGAGGCUCUGGACUCGGGAGCUCCACCUCAUGGAGGUAUCGCUCUGGGUUUGGAUCGGCUGGUCUCCAUCAUGGUGGGAGCUCCCUCCAUCCGGGACGUGAUCGCCUUCCCAAAGUCGUUCCGUGGUCAUGACCUCAUGAGCCGAGCACCGGACUCUGUGUCCGAGGAGGAGCUGAAGCCGUACCACAUAUCUGUCAGAUGGCCCACAGAGCGAGGAGGAGACGGAGGGGGGGAGAAAUGAGGAGACAUUUUACCAACUCUACCAAAACUAUGACUGCUGGGCAGAGCUACGAUGACAACAGAUGUGCUUUCAUGCAGCAGCAGCGUGAUGGAGACGCUGCCACCAGGGACGAUGAAGCGAAGAGAAUUUAAGGAGGAGGAGAUGGUGUGGCUGCCCCGUCGUACUUGUUGCUCAAAUUAAAGAAACAAAGCAACAACCGAGUGGCAGUCUGAAACACUGACGGCUGUAAUAAAGAACAAGAUUUUAUACCAAGUCUCUGUGGGUGGACUGAUCCGUUAUUCAUCAUAUUUUAUAACAUAAUGUUUUACAGGAAACGUUUGAGGCCUUGAAUCUCUGGUGGUUCUAUCGGACGAUGUAUCUUACGUUUAUUUGUGACUUGUUACU